CUCAGGUCGGUCGGCUUCUUUUUGCAGUGGGACUUGUGAGCUCAUAUCCCCGCGGUUUCCUGCAUGGCGUUUAAGAAGGGGGUGGUGCAGUGGUCUGCCCUCCACUUGCUGCGAAGCUUUGGGCAAGUUGUUCUACCCCCGGGGUCCCUAGUCUCCUAGGAGCCGAGAACGCUCCAGCGUUGUAGGUGCUGGCUUUUGGCUUUGCAGAGGCAAACGCGUGUGCGUCCCGGUACCUGUUCCUUGAGUAAAGCGCUGUGCAGUCCAGAAGGGCCCAAAUUCCUCAGUGUUAGGGUGGGGAGAGAAGGAAGAGGGGUCAACAAACUAAUAGCUGUGGGAGGGCUAAGGUUCUCAAAAGUGUUAAGAGACCCAAACUUAAGAAGGUUCACGGCCAAGCAGGGCUGGCUGGGUGGCACAGGGGAGCCUUCACCCUGAUGCUACAGGGGUACACAGGCAUGCUGAUGAGCAGGCAGGGGACAGCUAGGGUUCUGACCGGGGGUAGGAGUUUGGGACUGGGAGGAAGCCAGGGCAGAGACCUGGGUAGUGCACUGUGUAUUGGGCAUGGGAUGUGGUUUUUGUGCGCAGCCUGGCACUUAACCUUAGAUUGGUGGCAGGAGCUUGGAGUGUGGUUCGUGGUCACUGGCGUUCAUCGUCAUUGGUUUUCAGAGCUUGAUGAGGAACUGGACUGGAGUCCCGAGUGGAUUGCAUUUGUGUGCUGCCACUUGAGCCACUGCUGCUGGCAGGCUCUGUUAUAUUGUUUUUCUCUGUUAGGAUGAGAAGGCUUUCAGGUGGAAGAAUCACCCCCCAGAGUGGGGGCCAUACCUGAGAGGUUCCUGAAUGCUUAGGUGGCAGAAGUAGGUGCUGGUGGCCCUAGCAGCUUCAGAUGCUGCAGGCCACCCUGGGAGGUGCUCAGCAGAAAGAUCAGCAGAGCUGUGUUUCCCUGGAGGAACUCACUGUGAUGGGGGCAGGGGUAGAUAAACACAUAGGCAACUGUGCACAAAGGUGUGUGCAGACCGUGGUGCCCUGGAUGUGAGCUGAUGGAACAUUGGGAUAUGUGUGGAGGCGUUGCAGAGUGUGUUCUGUGGCAGCUGUGAGUGGACCUCCCUUUGCAGAGAUACUUGGGAAGUGGCCACUGUCAGGUUAGGCAGUGGGAGAGCCCUGAGAGAGGGCUCCUGGCAUUGGAAGGGAACUGUACUUGGUGAUGGUUGCAGCCUCCUUUCCCGCUUCGGGGCUUUUUGGACUGCUCAGGGUUGAUGACCACUGCCCUCUAGGCCCUUUACUGGAGUGACUUUGAGGUGGUGAAAGAAGACACAGCGAGUGAGAUUAAACUUGAGGGAUUGUAUCCUGUGCUGUUGACAAGGAUGAGGACAGGGAGGUGGUGUUUAGGAUGAGGGUGGUGUUGUCAGCACGCUGGACUCUGAGUGGUGAGGUAAGUCUGGAAAGCAUGGGUGGAGAGGCUGGUGGGCACCAGAGAAUAGUGGGACCCCAGGCUUCUGUCUGGCAUGCAGGUAGCCCCUUCCAAGCUCCUAGUGCUUUGAUGUAAAAGGAUCUUGUGACCUCGUCUGCUUACUUAACGCUCACAGUGUUUGGGGUGACUGGGGGCUCCUUCUCAGUGGAUUGAAACGUAGCUCAUAACCAGCAUGGUGAUGUGUGGUGGUUAAUCAUAUGGUCUUUAGAGCCAGGUUCACCUGCCUCAGUCACUUACUGAUUGGUGUGUGGCUGUAGACAAGUGACUUCACUCACCACUUUGCCUCUGGUACGAUAAGAGUAUCAGCCUCAUCAAGGGGUCAGUGUUUGCCAUAGAUAGAGCACUCAGUUAAAGGUUGCUUUUGUUGUUCUCCUGAAAAUCCCUGACAGCCAGCCAGGCUGUCCAAGGAAGCCCAGGGGCUUCUGAUCUGGCCCCUUUUCCUUCUCUUGGGACUGAUAGCAUCUGCCAUCACACCUUGCCCAUGAAACAUCACAGGUGGCAUUUGCCCACCUUCUCAGGCCUCUCAGGCCUGCCUCUUGGGCCCUCCUUCCAGUCACAGCUCCUAGUGGGGUACCUGGGGUUUGCCUGCGUAUUGCCUCCUUUUGCUGCACGGUGGAGAUGGUUGGGGCUAGUUCCCGCUCUUCCCCACCUUGUUUUUGGACAGGAUUGCCUUGGAUGGUGGCCUGCAUCUGACAGUCCCAUCAGCUCUUCUCAGCUCUCCUGAGGCCACAGCUGUCAGCUCCUCUGACCCUCAGCACUUGCCUGGAACAUCUGGGUUUGCCAGACACCUCUUCAGCCCAUCUCUGUCCUGCUGUGUCCUGCCCACCCUCCCCGCUGCACCAUCUCUUCCUUUCUUCCCCCUUCCUCUUCUAGUUGCUGUGGCAGCUCCCCUCUGCUCCCAGCAUGCCCUGUUGCUGGCGCCAUCGGCACGGCCCUUGCAAUCCCAUCCCAGCAGCAGCCAGUUAUGCCAACACACACCCUUGGCAGCAGAUGGACCAGGUCUCUCUUGGGGUCACAUAUGCCCCCCUAGUGGAUCCCUGGAUUGAGCGGCCCUGCUGUGGGGACCCCGUAUGCGUGCAUACGACCAUGGAGCAGAAGAGCACAGCCAGCAGUGCUCCUGGUGGUAAGCCCACAGAAAGGGGACCCCUGGCUCUGUGCAUGCCCAGCCCAUGACCCCUCAGCGUGGACUUCUACUAGGUGCCAAGCUUGGACCCAGGCACCUUUGAUGACUCCCCAUGGCUUGUGGGCCGAUUUUGGGCUCAGUUGGGUGAUUACAUGUCCUUUUGCUUUGAGAACUGUCAGGACAACCUCAGUCACGUCUGUGAGAUCCUUGGGCACCUGACUGGCCAAGCCCGGGCGUGAGCACCCCCCUACCUCGUCGGGGACCUGCCCCUUCCUGACGAUUAUGAGCUCUUCUGCCAGGAUCUCGAGGAUGUCGUUCAAGACCUGAACAGUUUUGCUGAGUACCAUGCUGCAGCGCCUUGCCCCCUGGCCCCUGCCUCAAGCCAGUCACCAGUGGCCCUGCAGCUGCCUGUGGUGAGGCAGUACUUAUCUAGGUAUUCGGAGGUCCUGGCAUUCAACGUGGGUGCUGUCCCAGUUGCUGUGGCCACCUUUGCUGUUUAUACUUCCAACUCUACAUCCAGAAAUGGUCUCCCUGAGUAGCAGCUGGCCAAGGAGAGCAGCCUUGGGUCUGUGGAGUCCCUCACCUUGUCUAGUUCUGCAUGCAGGGCUGAUGCUGGUCCUGUGAGGCCAGCCUCAUCCCAGCCAGGGUAGGCGGUCCCCACACCUGUCCCUGCACUUUCAGAAUCUAACCCGCCUGCCCAGAAACCAGAUCCAGUUCCACCGGGUCCAGAAACCCAGAAGACAAAGGAGGAAGUUUCUAAGACAGAGGGAGACCAGAAGGCAUCCUUAGGUACCCCUCAGCAGGUUGCAGACACCCCAGAGACCCCAAGAGAGCUAGCAGUUUCUCUUGCUCCCUACCCCACAGCCCUGGAGUCUGAACACAGUCCAGGCAGAUUCAGUAGUGCCUCUUGUGAUGAAGUGGCCUGCAUAGCUGAAAAGCCCCACAGUGCCCCAGCAGGACAGAGUGGCAUUGCCAGAUGACUGUAGCCAUAGUGUGCCAGGUAUUGCCUUAUCCACUUGCUUUAUUGCUGGGCCACUUGUUUUAUUGCUUUAUUGGAGGUGCACCUGUUUGGGCUCUGCCCUGUCUGAACACAGACAGCCCCCUUGUCCUCACCACCCCACCUCCUCUUAUAGCAGAAUAUUGGGCUCUACCAUGUACUCCUCAUUCUCUGACUUCUCCAGUCACCCAGAGGCUGCCUCCCUGUGCAUUGCCAGCUGCAUUGCCAUUAGUUGGACAGAGUUCCAUACAGCAGUCCCCAUUCAGAUAUCUGUAUGUCUUCAUAACCACCCCCUCCCCAGAUCCCUCAUUCAGUGUUGGCUAGACUGGACUGGGUCUGCCAUGCCAGCCCUGUUUAGAUCUGUUCCUGGAUGGUAUCUGUACUUAGGCCCCCUUCCCCAUCUUGGCUCUCUGUGACCUUUGUCCUCUGGGCUAGAAUUUAAGGAAGGCUGCAUGGAGGAAGUGGCCACUUUGAUCAUUUAGUACUAGUGGGAUGGCAGAGAAAGAUGCUUCCCUAUGGGUAUACCAGCAGCCUGGGACAGCUAGGGAGAUGGGAUACAAGCCUCCUUGCCAGUCUUAACUAAGUUCCAAGCAUUUCCCCCUUCUGUAUAUUAACAUUGUAGUUAACACCUGGUGUUUUCAGAAGUUGGCAUGAAUUUCUGUGUCUCAGUGCCUUUGCCCAUUGUUGCCUUCCCACUUUCUGCUAUUCAGCAUUCACUGCCUCCCUGCCCACUGUUGGGCAUUGUUGACUCAACACUUAAACCAUAACACUAUAAAUGACUUGUAUCUUUGGGUAGAUUGUGAGCCUCUAGGGCAGGAGCUCCAUCCUAAUCAGCUUUGUGUCCCUGGUACACAACUGGUGCUCAUUAAACAUGUUAAAUCCA